UUUAUUGAAAUCAAUGUACAUUUUCUAGGACUGGACAAAAAUAAUUUGCUGAGAUGUCAGCUGGGAAUUCUCCCAGGGAAAGCCUGGAAAUGGAGAGCUUCCACACAAGAUUCAGUGCCUGGACACCUUUCAGCAACAAGUCAUUAAAUCGACAGCUCUUUCAGGAAAGAGUUGCUCUUAUAAGUCACUGGUUUGAUCUCUGGACUAACAAGCAACGUCAAGAAUUCUUAUUCACGAUUUUUUUACGAUGCACUAAAUCACAACUAAGGCUUAUCCAAGACUGGUUUUCAGAAAGGAUGCAAGUGGCCAAAGUGGAUUUCUCUACAGUGUUACCACGCUUCAUUUCUCUAUAUAUCUUUUCCUUUCUGAAUCCAAAAGAUUUGUGUGCAGCUGCACAAGUCAGCUGGCCCUGGAAAUUUUUAACUGAACAGGAUUGCUUAUGGAUGCCCAAAUGCAUUAAAUUUGGAUGGUUUCUGCCCUAUAUGCCAACAGAUAAUGAGUACGGUGCUUGGAAACACCAUUACAUUGCUUGUGUGUCCAACUUAGAUUGGCUAACCCCUAGAGAAGCUGCUGCUGUUUAUGGGACUCUGAAUGAACCCAAAACAGAAAAUGAAGAGCUACAGGAGAGGCAAAGAGAAAGGUGUCUAAGGAAAAUAAUUUGGGAGAAAAUUGCACUACAUAAGAAGGAGUUGUUCAAAGUUCGACCCCCUUGGGUGAGUGGAACACACUGCUCUAGAUUGUUCAAAUCCAAAUGCCAACCACGUCUCUCCCAGACUGCGAGGGAUCGACUGGGAUUACACGAAACUUUGGAGAAACAGCUUGUUUUGUCAUCUUUAGAAUCUUUGCCCAAGCGAAGCAACAUUUCUGGAUGCCAUUCCUACCCUUUAUUAUCAAAGAAAAAUUGGCGUGGAGUUUAUAAAAAUGACAGCAGUUCUUCAAAAGCUCUUCAGCCACACUUCAUAUUAAUAUCAUCUCGGAUUCCUGCAUAUGAGAUGGUGGCGAACAGUGUUAGAGCAGGUAUCAUUUCUGUGGUGUAUGAACACAGUGGCCUAACCUUGGAGACCCUACUUUAUCUCAUAGAAAAAGCUCUGGAUGGGCAGAUGGCACAGAGUGUGGGAAUAUUCAGUGACGGAGAUAGCAGAGAAAUCAACUUACUCCAAGGCUAUAAAAUUGGUAUUAAAAAUUUAUUGAGGCCUGAAGUGAGAGACUUCUGGGAAAAAUUAGGAAGCUAUGUGGCCCCCGAAGAGGAAGGGGGUCACGUGGACCUCUUUGUACCACUUGGAGCAUCAGAGGCAGGAAUAGAAGUUCUUUCUCAGCUGUCUCAACUGACUGGCACGUUAUUUACUGCUCCCACUGGGAUUGCCACUGGCUCUUACCAACAUCUUCUUAGUGACUGGCUGGGACGACAGUGGGAAACGUCACCCCCUUCCAUCUACUUCAGCGAAUCAAAGCUGCAGACAUGGUCCAGCCUCACCGACUUCCUGGAAGACACCUUGAAAUCAGUAAGGAAACAAUUAAGUCCUCUCUUCAAGGAGUUGCAGAAGAACGUCAGUGGCAGGAUGAUAGGGCAAUUUGUAUUUGACACCAUGAGUGUGGCUAACAUUCUGAAUAACCAAGAAAUCGUACAAGCUCUGGCAGAUGGAUUGAUAGAACUUUCAAAAGAAAAUUCUGAAAGAGAUGUUAUAGAAGAUAACCCUCAGGACACAAAACCAAGUCUCAGCAAAAAUGAUCCAAAUUUUGAGUUGCUGGUUAAACUGGAGAGAAAACUCCAGCUGGAUUCAGCCGAAAAGCGAACCAGAGUCAUCAGGGAACUCUUACAGAGCGAGAGAAGAUAUGUGCAGAUGCUGGAAAUUGUGAGAGAUGUUUAUGUGAGGCCACUGAGAGCGGCGCUGUCAUCAAACAGAGCCAUCCUGAGUGCUGCAAACAUCCAGAUCAUGUUCUCUGAUAUUCUGCAGAUCUUAUGUCUCAACAGGCGGUUUCUAGAUGACCUGAGAGACAGACUACAGGAAUGGGGCCCUGCUCACGGUGUGGGAGAAAUAUUCAUCAAGUUUGGAAGCCAGUUGAACACGUAUACCAAUUUCUUCAACAAUUACCCUGUGGUUCUAAAAACUAUUGAGAAGUGCAGAGAAAUGAUACCAGCAUUCCGAGCUUUCCUGAAGAGGCAUGAUAAGACCAUUGUCACCAACAUGCUGAGUCUUCAGGAGCUGCUUUUGUACCCAUCCCGGAGGUUUGAAGAAUAUAUUCAUCUUCUGUAUGCUCUGAGGCUUCACACUCCGGCAGAACAUAUUGACCGUGGAAACUUGACCAUUGCAACUGACCAAAUCAAAAAUUACAAAGGCUACAUAGAUCAGAUGAAGCGGAACAUCAGUAUGAAAGAUCACCUGUUAGACAUACAGAGACUCAUCUGGGGGUGCCCUACUCUAUCAGAAGCAAACAGAUAUCUGAUUAGGGUUCAAGAUGUGGCCCAACUUCACUGCUGUGAUGAGGACAUAAGUUUCUAUUUAAGGCUCUACGAACAUACCUGUGAUCUCAGUCUUUUCCUCUUCAAUGAUGCACUGCUCGUUUCUAGUCGGGGUACAUCUCAUACUCCAUUUGAAAGGACUUCAAAAUCAACGUACCAAUUCAUUGCAUCAGUGGCACUUCAUAGGUUAAUCAUAGAAGACAUACCAGAUUCCAAAUUUAUCAAGAAUGCAUUUAUUCUUCAAGGUCCAAAACAUGAAUGGAUUUGUGCAACAGAAGUUGAGGAUGAUAAAUUUCUAUGGUUGUCUGUACUCCAAAACGCCAUCAAAAGUAGUAUGGAAAAGUGAGUCUGGACUUCAAACACCAGGGGUGCCAAUGUGCCCUGACAAAGACAGCAUGUUGUUUUCUGUUCCAGAAGAUCCAGUAAGAAGCAGAAUAAUGGUUCAUCAUGGAUGAUCGGUGGAUGAACUAGGGGGAUACAUAAAGUUCCUCCUAACUUUUAAACUUUAUCAUCUAUGCUCAAUUAGGUGAAAUGGUUAAGAAAAAUUUGAAUAUAAAAAUUUGAAACACUUCUUUUGAUAGUUUUCAUGGACAGUAUUAUUUAGUAUGACUGACAAAACCUAAGACUGAAUAAGGAUAUUGAGUAUUUAAAGAUUUGUUUUCUGAUCUAAUGAAAAAUAAAGUCAUAAUGAAAAGUAUUUCUUAAAUGAUCAGUCUAGAGAAAUGUCUUAAUCUGUUGGUGAUUUAUCAACAUCUUUUAACAUUUCCAUGAAAUAGUUAUGGAUUUUAAAAAUAUGGAAAUCUAAACAGUACUUUACUAAAAAACUGGUCCCAUAUAUCCAAAAUAUGAAUGUAUUUCUACAGAGAGCAUUAAAAACAUACCACUAUAAAGCACUAAAAUUUUCUAUAAUUCUUAAGUGUUCUUUUGUUACAAAAUUAAAUUCUUAGACCGUCCAAAUUAAAUGGUUUAAAAAUUUGUUACACUGCUAAAUUAGAAGGCUGUCUGGUAGAGGGUGAGGGGGUACAUUCUAAACAACAAAAACAAAACUUGCCUGUAAUGGAAUUUAGCUGAGUAAAAACUGAAGAAAUUAAGACAAUUCUAUUUAAAGCAGAAAAAAAUAAAAACAGGUAUUGAGUAGUUGUCUGGGCCCUUAAAUCUUUCAUUUAAUUAUUUAAUAAACUGAAGCUAUCACCUGGUUAGCCACUUUGAAACUUUAGCUGAUAUAUGCAGUAGUAAUAUUUUUACUCAGUUAACGGUAGAUAACACUGUAUUAAUCUUGGAAGCUUUUGGCUGUCAGUUUCCUCUUUGCUUCAAAUUCUCCUUUAAGGAAAUGAAAUCUACUAGUACAGUCUAGGAUUGUGAAGUAGGCUAUUUUAAACAUUUUCUUUUUUUCUACAACAAGAA